AUGUCUCAGAACAACACUAGCAAAGAAGCUCCCGCCGCCACCCCGGGUGAGUGCCCUGUGUGUUACGAAACAUUUCAGUCUCCAAAAGUGUCACGCCGGAUGCUGAGCUGCGGCCACACAUUUUGCCAUGACUGUUUGGUCAAGUGUCUACUGUCACAUGAAGAAGGCCCUCUACCAAAUACCCUUACAUGUCCCAUCUGUCGCUUUGUGACUUUUCUCUGUAAUAAAAGGGACUGCCUGCCUUCCAAGCCAGCCCUGAAUCCAUCCUCUUUGGAGUUGCCUCUCUCACCUUCCUCGUUGCCACUCACCUGUGGAGUGCCACCCAGCUCUGCAAAUACUUUGGUGGUUCCUGGCCAUUUCCUCUUGCCACUGCACACUUAUGACAGACACCAAUGUCUGCAGAGGUAUCCUACCAUGGACUCCAUUGUACAGCCCAUUGGCCUGGAACGUGAAUCUCAUAUCUUCAUUAUUACUCAGUGUGGAAUGCCACUGAUUGAAGAGGACUAUGUUACCAUAGCUCAAGAUCACAGCACCGGAGAAGCUCCUGACACAGAGGCGUCACAAACAUGUCCUGGAAUGGGCUGCUUCCAGUCACCUAUUAUGAUGGCUGUUUUCCUUAUCUCUGCUGUUGCUCUGUUGGGGGCUGUACUUCCCUGGCUCCUGCUUGUGAGAAAUAAUGAAUGA